AGUUUUAAAUUCUAUUACAAACUGGUAAAACAAUGAAGGGGAUUCUGUUUUGUGUACUAAUGUCGCUGAUUUUCAAGGCUUACGCACUGCUUCCGAAAACCUAUGAAGGGCGUUUCGUAUCGCUGACCUUUAAUAACACCAAGGUCUUGGAUAUAAGCCAAAUUAAGUUAUUGGGACGAGAACGCGUGCUAAAUGGCACUUUAGAGUUGAAGGAGGAUCUGGAUGAAUCAGUUGUGUUUGCCGGUGAAACUUUCAUCGAUUCCAUGGGCGAUGGCGAGUACAAGCAGCUUCCCUUUACCGCUCCCAAGCAAUCCAUCUGCAAGGCAUUGGCGGCCUAUUGGUUGUACUUUGAGGACAGUGUGAAGUACGGAGUAAACACGGACUUUCCCGGUCAUACCCACCCGUGUCCCAUACCCAAGGGAAAGUACUACGUAAAGGAUGUAGUCAUCAAGCCCGACAAGUGGCCAGCUAUGAUGCCGCGCGGCUUUGUGAAGGCCGUGGGCACCGUUUUCAAAAACGACGAAGUUAUUGGCAGUGCAGAAAUUGUUGCACAAAUUACCGACUUGGCUUAG